AUGACGCGAGCCAGGAUUGAGGGGUUGAUUGCUUCGUUCCCCAAGUUGACCAGCAACGAACAGCAGCACACGACCAUCGAGACAGAUCAUGUUCGCUAUGUAUACCAGCCGCUCGAAGAGCUCUUCAUCGUCCUUAUCACCAACAAGCAGUCCAAUAUUCUCCAAGAUAUCGAUACACUGCAAUUGGUGUCGAGGGUGGUGUCGUCGACCUGCAGACCGACGGAUGCGCGCGAAAUUGACAGGAACGCGUUUGAGCUGUUGAGUUCAUUCGACGAGAUCAUCUCAUUGGGCUACCGUGAGAACGUCAACCUCGCCCAGGUCGGAAGCAUCUCCGAGAUGGAGAGUCACGAAGAAAAGAUCCAAGAGAUGAUCGAAAAGAACAAGGAGCGCGAGGCAAAGGAGGAAUUGAAACGCAGGGCAAAGAUCUUGGACCUUCAACGCAAGGAGCAGAGAAAAAACAUGGGCGGGAUGGGGGGAGGCGGCGGAUUCAGCCAGGGCAUGGGAGGUGGCGGUGGCUACGGUGGUCAGAGCAGUGGCUCCGGCAUGGGGGGUAUGGGAGGCAUGGGAGGCAUGGGUAUGGGCAGCAGCCAGGGAUACGAGUCACCAUCCAUUGAUGACAGUGCCUCAAAGUUCAACAACCCUGCACCAAAGGCACCGGCAACAAAAGCAAGAGGCAUGCAAUUGGGACGCAAGCAAAACAACAACGACUUGUUCGAGUCAUUGCGCUCAGAAGUCGAGUCGCCACCAAUUCAUCAACAGCAGCAGCAGCAGCAGCAGCAUACACCUGUUCAGUCCGCCUACUCUGCCUCAGCCCAGCCGGACAUCCACAUGGAGAGCGUGCAUGCCCACAUCGAGGAAAAGAUUACUAUGGUCGCUACGAGGGAUGGUGGUCUGGAGAACAUGGAGGUCAAGGGAGACUUGAUGCUUCGCGUCUCGGAUCCUUCCAAGGCCAAGAUUAGUCUUGCCGUUCGUCAUUUGGACGACCCCAACAUCCAGUUCAAGACACACCCCAACGUCAACAAAGUUUUGUUCAACAGCGACAAGGUUAUUGCUUUCAGAGAUUCUUCAAAGGAAUUCCCACUCAACACGCCCACAGGAGUAUUACGUUGGAGAUUCACCACCAAGGACGAGAGCUACAUCCCACUUUCGAUCAACUGCUGGCCUUCUCCUAGUGGUGAUGGAACGAGCGAUGUCAACAUUGAGUACCAGUUGGAGAAUGAAGAGAUGGAGCUCAAGAAUGUGAACAUUAUCAUCCCCUACCCAGAAGGAGCACAGCUUCUUGUAGGCGAUGUAGAUGGCGAGUACACGGUGGAUCAUCAACUAGGCGGGUUGGUUUGGCAGUUACCUACGAUUGAUUCAUCCAACCCUUCAGGAAGUCUGGAAUUCAACUGCGAAGGCGAGGAUGCCGAUGCCUUCUUCCCUGUCACUGUUCAGUUUGAGUGCGAGCGUCUCAUUUGUGAUGUUGAUGUUCUGAGCGUUACUCAGGUGGCGGAUGGAUCCGAGGUUACGUUUUCGAAGCAGAGUAUCCUGACGCCAGUCGAGUACAGUAUCCUGUAA